AUGAAUAUGAGCAAUGCUAGAAAGUCUUACAUUAUGAAAUGGAGGGAGUAGUAUAGCAAACUGUUGGCUUCAAAUCAUCUAUGGUCAAUUUAAUAGCUAAUUCAUAUAAUAAUCACCUAUAAACAUAUACUACACAAUUAAUAUCUAGUCCCACAUAUCAUGAAUUGAGAUCUGGUGAUGUAGUAGUAACGACUGCAACUUUAGCAGUCGGAGCACAUUAUAACCGUUGGAUCGAUGGAGCCAACGCUCCGAUUCACUCUGUCAUCCUGUUGUACCAUUGAUACUACAGUAAUCGCUACAGUACAAAUUUGCUAUAGUAUUUUAUGAACAGUAUUUACCUGUCAUCUGAGCCGUUGAUUUUUGAUCCAUCGGCUGCACUGCAACUGCUAAAGUUGCAGUUGUAGUAACAAUUGCACCAUAUCUCGAUCUCACCUAUCAUACACACAUGUAUUUUAGAGUAUGUGCUGCAGCUGGCUAUAAAUCUGUAGUCUUCUCUCUCAUCUUUUAUCUUCUGUUUAUAGCUAGCAGUAUGCUAUUGUACCUGCUCUAACUAACGCGUUAUCCGUUCGAUAGAGAUGUCAAAUAACAGUAGCACAGGAACUAUGAGGAUGAAUUGUCUAGUACCACAAGUCUCGCAAGAUGGACUCCUUCCAAAUCUUUGACCCGCUGUCAGUUCAUCAUCCGUCUACUCUACUGUAGGGAGUAAUCCCAAGAACACGAUGUGCCACUGAUGGCUCUCCGGUCACGAACACACGCAUCAAAAUCCAUCAUCCCCCUCCGCAUCUCCCUUCUGCUUCUGCUGCUGUCGACGCCGCCGUGUUCCAGCUCGACGAUCAUCCAGCACGGCGAGGCAGAAUCCCUCCUCCGGUGGAAAUCCACCUUGUCGGCGGCGGCGUCAGCGUCUCCGCUGACCACAUGGUCACCGGCGACCUCCAGCUCCGCCUGCUCGUCCUGGCGCGGCGUCACGUGCGACGCCGCCGGCCACGUCGCGGAGCUCAGCCUCCCCGGCGCAGGGCUCCACGGCGAGCUCCGCGCGCUCGACCUCGCCGCGUUCCCGGCGCUCGCGAAGCUCGACCUCCGCCGCAACAACAUCACCGCCGGCGUCGUGGCAGCGAACGUCUCCACCAGGGCCAGCAACCUGACGUACCUUGACCUUUCCGACAACGCCUUCGCCGGCCACAUACUGGACGUCUUGCCAUUGUCGCCGGCGACGCUGCAACAGCUGAGCUACCUCAACCUGUCCUCCAAUGGACUGUACGGUCCUAUCCUGAGGUCGCUCUCCGCCAUGGGGAAGAUGACCGUGUUCGACGUGUCAAGAAACAGGCUUAACAGUGACAUCCCUUCAGAAUUGUUCACGAACUGGGUAGAACUCACACAAUUCCGUGUUCAGAACAACUCGAUCACCGGCAGCAUCCCGCCGACGAUCUGCAACACGACAAAGCUGAAGUAUUUGCGCCUGGCGAAGAACAAGCUCACCGGCGAGAUCCCGGCGGAGAUCGGAAGGCUGGCAAGCUUGCAGGCACUGGAGCUAGCGGAUAAUUUCUUGACAGGGCCGAUUCCAAAUUCCGUGGGGAACCUGACAGACCUGUUGGUAAUGGAUCUCUUCUCCAACGGCUUCACAGGCGUGAUACCACCGGAAAUCUUCAACCUGACAGCGUUGCGAACCAUCGACGUCGGCACGAAUCGAUUGGAGGGUGAGGUUCCUGCAUCCAUAUCAUCCCUCAGGAAUCUCUAUGGCCUUGAUCUCAGCAAUAACAGGUUCAGUGGCACUAUACCAAGUGAUUUUGGCAGUAGGCAAUUUGUGACCAUUGUGUUGGCCAGCAACAGCUUCUCGGGAGAAUUUCCUUUGACAUUUUGUCAGCUGGAUUCUCUGGAAAUCUUGGACCUGUCAAACAAUCAUCUCCAUGGAGAGAUCCCUAGUUGCCUAUGGCACUUGCAGGACCUGGUAUUCAUGGAUUUGUCAUACAACUCCUUUUCUGGGGAGGUUCCUCCGAUGUCGGCUUACCCUAAUUCAUCAUUGGAAUCGGUGCAUCUUGCUAACAACAACCUCACUGGGGGAUAUCCAAUGGUCCUAAAGGGAUGCAAGUGGCUAAUAAUUCUAGAUCUUGGUGGCAACCAUUUUACUGGCACAAUUCCCUCAUGGAUUGGAACUUGCAAUCCCUUACUGAGGUUUCUCAUUCUGCGAUCUAAUGUGUUCAAUGGGAGUAUCCCGAAGGAACUAUCACAACUCUCCCAUCUUCAAUUGUUGGACCUAGCUAUGAACAAUUUAGUAGGUUCGAUACCGAGAAGUUUUGGAAAUUUUACAUCCAUGAUACAACCAAAAACUGAACUGAACUUGCCUUGGAAAGUCCAACACCACAUUUUGGAUGGGCGUGUUGAUUACACAUACACAGACCGAAUUGGCAUAAACUGGAAGAGGCAAAACCAAACUUUCCAAGGAACGGUUGCACUCAUGGCAGGUAUUGAUCUAUCAAGCAACUAUCUCUCCAAUGAGAUUCCUUCGGAGUUGUGCAAUCUUGAAAGCAUGAGGUUCCUAAACUUGUCGAGAAAUCAUCUAUCUGGCAUUAUUCCUAAAGAGAUUGGCAAUUUGAAGAUCCUCGAGUCUCUUGAUUUUUCUUGGAAUGAACUCUCCGGCUCUAUUCCUUCAAGCAUCUCAAAUUUGAUGUCUCUUAGUUCACUAAAUUUGUCCAACAAUCAUUUAUCAGGUGAGAUACCAUCUGGUUAUCAACUCCGGACGCUUGCAGAUCCAUCAAUUUAUAGCAACAACUUUGGGUUAUGUGGCUUCCCAUUGAACAUUUCAUGUUCAGAUGGUUCAAAUUCUACAUCAGCAUUGAUAGGGGGAAGUACAGACAGCCAGGAACUUGAAAUCCUAAGCUGGUUUUACUCCGUAUUAGCUGGGCUGGUCUUCGGAUUUUGGCUGUGGUUCGGGGUACUGCUUUUGUUUGAGCCUUGGAGAUUUGCCUUUUUUGGCCAAGUUGAUCAUCUACAAAAGAAGAUUAUGCAAAAGAUUUGUUGCAUGUAUGCAAAAUCUGAAUAAUUACCAACUAUUCAUGUAACUCUGUGGAGGUGUGAUCAUCAGGAGAAGUAAAGGAAAUGUGCUCUUGUCAUUCUGGCGUGAAAUAAUUGCAAUAGUUCUUUAGCUGAAGAUGCAGAGGUGGAGAAGGUUUGAGUUUAGCUGUAUAAUGCUACUGGGGAAAAUAACCUACACGAGGCGUCACCUCAAAAGUUAAAAGAGGAUGAGGAGAGAAUAAUAGGGAACCAUUGAUUAUUACUGUGUGAGGAGACUAUUGGAAAAGGAUAAAAGUGGUUGUAAGUUAUUCAAGCAUCAUAAGUUGUGUCUCGGUAAUAAUCAAUUUGGCAUCCAGUGCAGCCUCAUCUUUUCGUUUA